AUGUUUGUGGAUGAGCGGAUCGUGACUCUAUUCAAAAGGAAUGCCCAUCACACACUGACCUAUUGGAGUGUUUUCUUCAGCUUUGGACUCUGCAUUGCUUUCCUUGGACCCACAAUUUUGGACUUGCAAUGUCAAACACACUCCACACUUAGUCAAAUUACCUGGGUAUUCUUUGCCCAGCAGUUCUGCUUGUUGAUUGGCAGCUCUAUUGGUGGUAUUUUCAAGAGGACGUUGUUCAGCGCUCUAGCUGCCUUAUUUGUCUCUGCUCUCACCAUCUCUGUAAUAUUUGCCAUCAUCCCUUUGUGCAAUAAUGUUCUCCUGCUUGCCAUCGCCAUGGCCGUGUCUGGGUUUGCGAUGGGCAUUAUUGACACCAUCGCUAACAUCCAACUGGUGACCAUCUACCAGAGGGAUUCGGCAGUUUUCUUACAGGCUCUUCAUUUCUUCAUUGGGUUCGGAGCCCUAGUGAGCCCACUGAUUGCAGAUCCUUUCCUCUCCGAGACGGGCUGUGGGAAUCACACAGGGAAUGAGACUGAGAUCGUGCUUCAUCACAGGAACCUGCUGAGAAACAGUCCGAUUGCAGCGCACAACAUAAAUGAGAGCUCCCUGCCUCACGAGGGAGGGGAGUCGAAUGUGCACUAUGCUUUCUGGAUCAUGGCGCUGAUCAAUCUGCCCGUGCCCCUUGCAGUCCUGUUCCUGAUGUAUCGGGAGCAACUUAUCCCAUGUUGCCCCGGCACGCCUCGUCUUCUGGACAAAGAUGAACUAGCAAUGGAGAACCAGCAGGGGGCCGAGGGCUCAGAAGUGGAGCAGAAGGAACAUGCAGCUGGAGGUCAUGGGAAUAUCUUUAGCUGCUGUCAGAAUGAUAACCUGCGCGGGCUGCCAGUAUCCUUCUUUAUGAUUCAUAUCCUCGGUGGGAUGGUGCUCUUCAUGACCGAUGGCAUUGUGGGUGCAUAUGCCGGCUUUGUCUACACUUACGGUGUGAGACCACCUAUGUCAUUGCCAAAUAAGACAGCUGGUUACCUGGCCAGUAUCUUUUGGGCAGCGAUCACUGCCGGCCGUCUUUUGUCCAUUCCGCUUUCGUACCGUUUCCAGCCUGUGAGACUGCUCAUGUUCAACCUGGCAGGUGCCAUUGUUACUGUCUUGAUGCUGCUUAUUUUCUACACGAGCACCACCUUUCUUUUUGUCGGGACCUUUUUAUGUGGACUUUUCCUCAGUAGCAUAUUCCCCUGUAUGCUCGCCUAUACUGAAGACAUCCUUGAGUAUCAGGGAUGUGCAACGUCAGUGCUGGUGACAAGUGCAGGGAUGGGAGAGAUGGUAAUGCAGGUUCUGGUUGGCUCAAUUAUCCAGACGAAAGGCAGCUACAGCUUCCUGCUGUGCGGAAUGAUAAUCGCCUGCUUUGGUUUUAUCUUCUUCAUUGGUCUCCUGCUGUUCCAUCGAAUGCACAGAAAUUACCUCACAGGAACGACGAAAAAGUCAGCCAUGGUGGAGGAUCCAGCAGCAGAGCAGAAUGGAUCGACCCAAACAGAGCAGAAAGCUGAGCCAGAGAGCAGCUGA